AUGACCGUUGCACUCCGGGGAAUCGUGGACGUCUUUCGCAAGGCCAACCGUGCCUCGGAGGUGCACAGGAGGGCAUUGGGAUAUUCUAUUUCACAUGACGACCGGAGCGUACGUAUCUCUGCUCAUUAUCCUGAGGUGCAGGGUGAGAACACGUUGUACUAUCGCGAGACGAUCAAAGAACUCAACGCUGGAGAUGAAAGGGGCGAAAAUAGAUGGAUCAGUCACCAAUUUACACUCAACGUUUGCCAAAUUUUCGCCCCGGCUCUGCUCAAGCGACUCACCGCCGUGAUUGAUGAGCUGCCUGAUCCGCUUGCAAGGACACUCGAACCGGCCAACAUCGAUGACCUCAGCGUACAAAGCUCGCAGGAUGAUAGUAGUGCGCCGGAAUCUCAGGAUGAAGGGUUUCGCAAACCGCAGCGAGGGAGGGGCUUGAAUGCCGAGUUUCGAACCAUGAUUCAGAACCUGCAACGGCAGCUGGAGCAACAACGAAAAGACUCUGAGCAGCAACGAAAAGACUCUGAGCAGCAACGAAAAGACUCUGAGCAGCAACGAAAAGAGCUUGUGCAAUUGCUCAAAGAUCAGAGUGACCAAAUCAAACAGCAAAAUGAACAGCUUAAAGAGCAGAGCGGACAACUCAGGCACCAGAGUGAACAGAUCACGGAGCUUCUUCUGAAGCAGUGA